CGUGUUGAUAACAUAUCUUAGUUCAUUUAAACUGCCGUGUCAUUAGAAAGUUAUCAGUCAUGCGUAAGAUUUAAUCGAAAUAUGAUUUCCCGGAUCUUCUCUUAAUUGAAAUAAUAGGACAGCUGUGAUUUACAGAACAGAAUGCGUGGCACUAUAAUCAGCUGUGCGAUAUUUCUUCAUCUAUCCAUGUUUCUGCUAACAUGGGGAUUUGAUGAACGUGACCUAACACAAUAUCUUAGGACAAAUGGCAAUCCUAGCAAUGUGACAUAUAAUGGAACGAUCUUAUACUUCGAAAAUCAGUUCUGGGACCAAACACGAAUAGUUGACGGUGCAUAUCUCGAUACAAAAACCUGUAAUUGCUGCACAUCCUUCAUUAAACCUGCUUGGAUCAACAUUGAUCUACACGAGCCUCAACCAUUUCAUCGCAUUGAGAUUAUUGGCAGAAGUGACGGUGACUUUAGCCAAUCUCAGAAUCUACAGAUAUCAGUCGACGAUGGUAUUGCAAGGAGUGGAUACAAUCAAACCAUACAAAACUUAACUAGAAUGUUUGUUGUAAAUGCAACCGAUACUCUUCAAUUUGUAAGGUCAAUCAACCUGUCGUCAUACGGUGAUCACAGACAAAACGAACUUAUGACUAUCUGUGAAAUAAGGGUGUUGCAAACAGUCGUGAAUAUAACUUCGCAGUCAUCUAAUUAUCAGACAUGCUAUUCGCUUAACGCCCUCAAUACGAAACAAUUUACCGGUUCCGGCCCCAACGACAGUGACCUUUGCAAAGCAUGCAGUGCUACUGUCUGGGAAAUAGACCUCAAUCCCUGGUGGGAGCUUGACUUUGGAGAAAUGAAACUGAUAAGAGAAAUCAGUAUUUCCGGUCGUACAGGUUCCUCCCAAAGUAGAAAUUUGAUUGUAUUCAUUAGUAAUAUUACCAUAAAAGGGCUGCGUGACAUUAAUACGAAAAGCUCAUGCUUGAGUGAUCCCUGUACAAUAAUUUUUGACAAACCGAGGCUAGCACGAUUUAUUAAUGUUAAACAUGAACAUGGUAUGAACGAAGGUGUCCUCACACUUUGCCAAGUCGACCCUUACGAAGGAGAUUGUCAGAAUAAUACAUUUGGUGACCAAUGUUCUCGAACAUCUCAAUGCGCAACCAAACCUGACGUAAUAACGGGAUUCUGCAGAGAGUGUUUGCCUGGCUGGACAUCCGCCACGUGUGAAAUAGCAUGCGUUGGACGAUAUGGACACAAUUGCACGAACUCAUGCAGUGAGAAUUGCUUGCACAAUUCAAGCUGUAACCAUGUUAAUGGCGAGUGUCUUUAUGGAUGCAAAAGUGGAUAUGAUUAUGGCUCAGAUAAAAAAUGCAAUGUUUCAUGUUCUGGUUAUUUUGGAAACAUGUGCUCAUACCAAUGCCAUUGUAAUAACAGAACCGAAGUGUGUCAUCCGUCCAAUGGCACAUGCGCUUCUGGAUGCCUCGAGGGUUGGAGUGGAUCCAACUGUAGCGUUGCCUGUAUCCUUGGAACCUACGGUCUAAACUGCACGAAGAGUUGUAGCAUGAAUUGCAUGAAUACCAGUGAUUGCAAAAAUGAUGAUGGCAGUUGCAUUGGCGGCUGUGUGGCAGGAUAUGAUUUCUCUGCAUCACAAUUAUGCAACACGACAUGUUCUGGUUAUUUUGGAAAAAUGUGCUCACACCAAUGCCAUUGCAAUAACAGAACCGAAGUGUGUGAUCCGUUCAAUGGCACGUGCGUUUCUGGAUGCCUCGAGGGUUGGAGUGGAUCCAACUGUAGCGUUGAUCUAAACAUUUUACGUUCUGACAAAUACAAUGUCAGUGUAUCUCAGUCAAGCAACUACUCGACGUGCACUGCUGAAAGAGCAAUUGACGGACUUUUGGGGACUCUUAACACGACCGAUGCUGCGUUUUGUACUUCGUGCAGCGCGACGUCCAAUAUAGAAGCUCCGUGGUGGCAAAUACAUUUGGACCGCAAAAUACUUGGAUUAAGCGUGAGGGUGUUUGGCAGGAAAGAUAAUGCUAACAUGUUGCAAAGUCAAAACAUUCUCGUGUACGUCAGCAAUGAAACAUUUACGGAGGAUAGUAAUGUGACUUUAGUUGGUGAGAUACACAACCCAACGACAGAUGAUGGGGAAACACUUUCUCUUAACAAAACUAUAUUUCAAUACAUGCGUUUAAGACUAUGGAAUGCAAGUUACAUGGCACUUUGCGAGGUGAAGCUUUUUGGUGCAGACUGUCUCGCUGGACACUAUGGCGAGUAUUGUGAUCUUCAGUGCAACUGUUUGGAUAAUAAAGAUUGCGAUGCAGUUUCUGGUAAAUGUUCUCAUGAAGGCUGUAAACCUGGAUGGAAGGGAGAUGCAUGCGACACACGCUGUAUCAUUGGAACCUACGGUCAAAACUGCACAGAGAGUUGUAGCAUGAAUUGCACGAAUACCGGUGAUUGCAAAAAUGAUGAUGGCAGUUGCAUUGGCGGCUGUGUGGCAGGAUAUGAUUACUCUGCAUCACAGUUAUGCAACACGACAUGUUCUGGUUAUUUUGGAAACAUGUGCUCACACCAAUGCCAUUGCAAUAACAGAACCGAAGUGUGUGAUUCGGUCAAUGGCACGUGCGCUUCUGGAUGCCUCGAGGGUUGGAGUGGAUCCAACUGUAGCGUUGAUCUCAACAUUUUACGUUCUGAUAAAUACAAUGUCAGUGUAUCUCAGUCAAGCAACUACUCGACGUGCACUGCUGAUAGAGCAAUUGACGGACUUUUGGGGACUCUUAACACGACCGAUGAUGCGUUUUGUACUUCGUGCAGCGCGACGUCCAAUAUAGAAGCUCCGUGGUGGCAGAUACAUUUGGACCGCAAAAUACUUGGAUUAAGCGUGAGGGUGUUUGGCAGGAAAGAUAUUGCUAACAUGUUGCAAAGUCAAAACAUUCUCGUGUACGUCAGCAAUGAAACAUUUACGGAGGAUAGUAAUGCGACUUUAGUUGGUGAGAUACACAACCCAACGACAGAUGAUGGGGAAACACUUUCUCUUAACAAAACUAUAUUUCAAUACAUGCGUUUAAGACGAUGGAAUGCAAGUUACAUGGCACUUUGCGAGGUGAAGCUUUUUGGUGCAGACUGUCUUGCUGGACACUAUGGCGAGUAUUGUGAUCUUCAGUGCAACUGUUUGGAUAAUAAAGAUUGCGAUGCAGUUUCUGGUAAAUGUUCUCAUGAAGGCUGUAAACCUGGAUGGAAGGGAGAUGCAUGCGACACACGCUGUAUCAUUGGAACCUACGGUCAAAACUGCACGGAGAGUUGUAGCAUGAAUUGCAUGAAUACCGGUGAUUGCAAAAAUGAUGAUGGCAGUUGCAUUGGCGGCUGUGUGGCAGGAUAUGAUUACUCUGCAUCACAGUUAUGCAACACAACAUGUUCUGGUUAUUUUGGAAACAUGUGCUCACACCAAUGCCAUUGCAAUAACAGAACCGAAGUGUGUGAUCCGUUCAAUGGCACGUGCGCUUCUGGAUGCCUCGAGGGUUGGAGUGGAUCCAACUGUAGCGUUGAUCUCAACAUUUUACGUUCUGAUAAAUACAAUGUCAGUGUAUCUCAGUCAAGCAACUACUCGACGUGCACUGCUGAUAGAGCAAUUGACGGACUUUUGGGGACUCUUAACACGACCGAUGAUGCGUUUUGUACUUCGUGCAGCGCGACGUUCAAUAUAGAAGCUCCGUGGUGGCAGAUACAUUUGGACCGCAAAAUACUUGGAUUAAGCGUGAGGGUGUUUGGCAGGAAAGAUAAUGCUAACAUGUUGCAAAGUCAAAACAUUCUCGUGUACGUCAGCAAUGAAACAUUUACGGAGGAUAGUAAUGUGACUUUAGUUGGUGAGAUACACAACCCAACGACAGAUGAUGGGGAAACACUUUCUCUUAACAAAACUAUAUUUCAAUACAUGCGUUUAAGACGAUGGUAUGCAAGUUACAUGGCACUUUGCGAGGUGAAGCUUUUUGGUGCAGACUGUCUCGCUGGACACUAUGGCGAGUAUUGUGAUCUUCAGUGCAACUGUUUGGAUAAUAAAGAUUGCGAUGCAGUUUCUGGUAAAUGUUCUCGUGAAGGCUGUAAACCUGGAUGGAAGGGAGAUGCAUGCGACACACGCUGUAUCAUUGGAACCUACGGUCUAAACUGCACGGAGAGUUGUAGCAUGAAUUGCAUGAAUACCGGUGAUUGCAAAAAUGAUGAUGGCAGUUGCAUUGGCGGCUGUGUGGCAGGAUAUGAUUACUCUGCAUCACAGUUAUGCAACACGACAUGUUCUGGUUAUUUUGGAAACAUGUGCUCACACCAAUGCCAUUGCAAUAACAGAACCGAAGUGUGUGAUCCGUACAAUGGCACGUGCGUUUCUGGAUGCCUCGAGGGUUGGAGUGGAUCAAACUGUAGCAUUGAUCUUAACAUUUUACGUUCUGACAAAUAUAAUGUCAGUGUAUCUCAGUCAAGCAACUACUCGACGUGCACUGCUGAUAGAGCAAUUGACGGACUUUUGGGGACUGUUAACACCACCGAUGAUAUCUUUUGUACUUCGUGCAGCGCAACGUCCGAUACAGACGCUCCGUGGUGGCAGAUACAAUUGGACCGCAAAAUACUUGGAUUAAGCGUGAGGGUGUUUGGCAGGAAAGAUAAUGCUAAAAUAUUGCAAAGUCAAAACAUUUGCGUGUACAUCAGCAAUGAAACAUUUUCCAAGGAAAUUAAUGGUACUUUAGUUGGAAUUAUACACGACCCAACGGCAGAUGAUGGCGAAACACUUUCUCUUAACAAAAUUAUAUUUCAAUACAUGCGUUUAAGACGAUGGAAUGCAAGUUACAUGGCACUAUGCGAGGUGAAGCUUUUUAGUGCAGACUGUCUCGCUGGACACUAUGGCGAGUAUUGUGAUCUUCAGUGCAACUGUUUGGAUAAUAAACGUUGCGAUGCAGUUUCUGGUAAAUGUUUCCAUGAAGGCUGUAAACCUGGAUGGCAGCGAGAUUCGUGCGACACACCUUGCGACAAUGGUUUCUUUGGAAUGAACUGCUCAUCUCACUGUCAUUGUCGGGGAGGCGUAGGCUGUGAUCCUAUGUCUGGUCAAUGUUCUGAUAAAGAGUGUGCUCCGGGAUGGAUAGGUCUAAAGUGCAGCACAGAAUGUAAGCGGGGCUUCUUCGGAAAUAAGUGCCAGUCAACAUGUCGUUGUAAAGAAAACGCUAAAUGCGACCAUAUAAACGGUACCUGCCCGGGCUAUUUAUGUGCGGAUGGCUGGAGAUACGAUAAUUGCAGUAUAGAAUGCGCAAGUGGAUACUACGGCGAAAACUGUUCCACGCACUGCCAUUGUAAUCAUUGCCAUAACGUCAAUGGCUCGUGUUCUUUGUAUUCAACACAGUGCAAUGAUGGUUUCCGACUGGACGGCGAGUUCUGUACUCUUGCGGACAGCAGACCUACAUCAGAAGGAGCCAUUGUUGGUGGCGUGGGAGCUGCAAUAGCCGUAAUAAUUGGGAUCGCAGUCGGUCUUUUCUUCUUUAAACGACGUGAAAACUCGAAAAACAAGCAUCACUCUAGUGAUUCUACAGAACUAACCGACAUCUCAUCAGUACAUAAACAAGCCAAUGCGACUUCAACAAAAGCUUAUGUGGAAACUGAUGCAAAUGCCCAAGUAUACGCAAACACAGAGAGCGAUUACUACAGUUUCAAAGACGAAGUGCCAGGAAUCAAGAUACAUUUACUGUGGGACUAUAUUCGUGAAAAGACAAAACCUGGAUCAUCGUUUUUUGAAAACGAAUUUGCCAAACUCCCAUCAGGUUUAAUCUAUCCACACGACGUAGCAGCUGCCGUAGAGAACCGAGGCAAAAACCGCUACCGGGAGAUGUAUGCAUACGAUCACUCUCGGGUGCCUUUGAAGAAGGACGAGCCAAACGAUUCCGAAUACAUCAAUGCAUGCUUCAUUAACGGUUUCGAAAAAGUGAACAAGUUCAUUGCAUCCCAAGGUCCAACGAAAAAAAUGAUCGAAGACUUCUGGCGCAUGAUCUGGCAGCAGCGUGUGCACAAGAUUGUAAUGCUUACCAAUCUUAUUGAAAUGGGAACGUUAAAAUGCAUGCAAUACUGGCCAGCGCAAGUAAAGGGCGUAUGCACGUACGGUGGUGUCGAGAUAAGUUAUGCGGAUAUUAAGGAGAUGUUUGACUACAAUAUCAGAACUUUUGACAUACGUCGGGGGAAAGAAUCGCGAAGUGUACAACAGUUUCAUUUUAAGGCUUGGCCUGACAAGGAUGUUCCCGAAACGACCUGGUGCUUGGUCGAUUUCUGGAGAGCAGUUGAUACCAAUGAUACGGCUAACAUUUCUCCGAUUGUAGUGCAUUGCAGCGCGGGUGUUGGUCGGACGGGGGCUUUUAUCGCCAUUGACAGCUUAAUUACACAAGCAAGAAUGGAAGGAUCCAUUGGGCCCCUUCAGAUGGUCGAAGCGUUACGUCGACAGAGGGUCAACAUGGUUCAAACAAAGAAACAAUACCAAUUUCUGCACGAAGCAGUGGCUGAUGCCGUACUGAUGGGGACACAUCACGUGCUGACCAGGGAGUUCUCAAUCAUCUUCGAAUAUAUGAUGGGCAUUGAGGAAGGAUCCAAUACUACGAGACUUGAAGAACAAUUUAAUCUCAUUGUUCAAAGUGUGCAAGAGGCUGCUGUAUUGGUUGACGGACAAGCGUCGUCUAGCCAAACAUAUGGCAAUAUGGAGACGGUAAUGUCUGAAAUAGACGCAUACCGACCGCAACUGCAGGAGAGAGGCUCAAAGUUUAUUCAGCAAUUGGGAGCCAUUUUCCUUCCGACGUUUGACAACAAGAAUGCCCUGCUGGUGUGCAUAUCACCCACUGACCAACACAUGGAAGAUUUUUGGUCCCUCGUUGAGGAACAACAUGUUACCACAGUGAUCAACAUGUCCAUGCCUUGUUCGUCUUUCAAGAACAUGCAAUUAUUGGGGCGCAACGGAAGUGGGAAAACUGGAAAGUUUUCAGUAAAAUACAAACAGGAAAAGAAAAAGAAAGGAUUUGUGGAAAGAAGUAUUUCGUUUUGCGACGAAAACCAUGAGGACGAGGGCGGUCUGACAACAAUCAAGGAAUUCCAGCUGAUAUCGUGGCCGGAGAGGGAUGAUUUGCCGACAAAUAUGCAAUCAUUUUUUGACAUGAUUGAGGAAAUUCUGAAAUGGCAGCCCGAUCUCACUGACAGAAUGCCGAUACUGAUUCACUGCCAAACUGGAUAUACGCGCUCUGGAUUGAUUGCUGUUAUUUUGAACGAAAUUCAGCGCAUUAAGAGCGAACGUGGACAAAUAAACAUCGUGGAAUCUGUCAAAACUAUGAAGACCAGAUGCCGAGAUGUGAUCCACAGCAAGGUGAAACCUGAGGCGAGAGCGUCAGAGCGGGGGCUGGGGGCACACCCGCGACCACUACUGCAGCCACUCCUGCCGCCACUAGUUCCCCACUCCUGCCCAAUCCUUGGGUGGUGUUAACCAGACUGCCCAGGGUUAGGGUUAGGAGGGGGGGCGGCCACUGCCACUGCUGCCACUGCCACUACUGCUGCCACUACUGUAAGUCCCAGCAGCCCCACUACCGACGCUUCCAUCUAGCAGAAGGAAGUGCAACCCAGAGCCGGUACUUCCUCGGCACCUAGGAGUAACCCUGGGCUGGUCAUUGGACCUCCGCCGGACCGAUUGACUUCAGACCAGCAGUGGGAGGAGAUGGAGGCUAUUUAACUAUUGAAC